UUCCUUAAAUUAAUUUAUUUUUGAGUUUAAAAAAUUUCUUAUCAAAUGAAAGGUAAAUACAAUGAAAAGACAUGAAUACUUCUCUUAUUAAACUAAUUUGCAUAUAAAAUUAGUAUUGAGUUUCAUGCAAAACAAGCCACCUCACCUCCUAGAAGCUGCCAAGAAAGUAAGAAGCGUGAGCUGGGAACCUUGAAAUGAAAGUAUGUGGAAAGCUAAUGAAGGUGAUAGGUAAUUUUUUAUGAAAGAUAAGGAUGUGAUGGGUUUUUCAAUUUUAUUAUUUUAUUAAUUUCGUAAUUUUAUAUUAUCUUUUCUCAGUUUAUUUUAAUGCUAAUUUGUCAUUACAUUGUUUUACCAAUUUGGGACUAUAAAUACUGAAUCACGAUUUGUCAAGGAAAUUAGAGCUAAAAUAAAAGAAAAGAAAAAAGUCAUCUCACCCUGUUGAAAUCAUCAAAAAGAUGAUGCAGCCUGAGCUUGUUCAGCCUUCUUCUUGGCCACUCUACAAUGUUGCUGACUCACCUUUCGAUAAUCUUGGGCAGUACUAUAAUCUCACCAUGGAUUCUCAUGAUGAUGAUUUUGAAUUUUCAUCUCUGUAUACCACCAUAGAAAGUUAUUCUGAACUAUCCCAAAACCCAUUUUCUUCCAUGUUUUCUGGUGAGCCUGUUCAAAUUGCAGUCUGUGAUGAUCCACUGAAAGGUAUGUCACCAAUGGAGGACUUAUCUUUGAGUGGUGAAAUUGAAGGAAUUUGGGAAGAAAGUGUGGGAAGUUUUCCUUCACACCAAUUUUCCAAUUCCAUUGAAAUAAAUGAUUUGUGGAGUCCAAGCUCAUCAAUGAAAUCUGAAUCCCGCACGGAUGUAACAUCAAUCCAACGAUCACUAACUUUGCCAGGAGAAAACAUGGAGAUCGAAAACGAGCUAAGUGUCAAACAUCUACUCCAGGCUUAUGGAGAAGCCAUGGAGAAGAACCAGAGAGAGCUUGCUGAGGUACUACUAAGAUGCAUCAGUGACAAAGUCAGUCCACUCGGCGAGGCCUUUGAGCGUCUUGCUUUCAACUUAUCCAAAGAAGCUGAGGAACAAGGGAACUAUCUAAAGCAAGCAUCACUCAAGAACUUUGAUGAUGCAUACAAGGCAUUCAACCAGAUCUUCCCCUAUGAAAAGUUUGCUUAUUUCACAGCAAAUUCAGCGAUACUUGAAGCUUUGCCUGGCGAUGCAGAGACGAUUCAUAUAAUUGACUUCGACUUAGAAGGCCUUCAAUGGGCUCAGAUGAUUGAGGCUGCUGCACAGAGACAAAAAGGACUGAAGCUGACAUCUAUCAAGAUGGAUGAGGAAGAAGCUGAUUUCGCUCCUCAGCAAUGGGGGUUUGAGGAGACAAAAAGAAAACUCCUUGACCAUGCCAAAACUUUUGGACUAAAGUUGGAGGUGAAAGAGGUGAGAAUUGAGGAUUUGGUGAAUGAAAUAAAGAGGACAAAGAAGAGAGGUGGAGGUAGAGAAUUCUUGGCCUUUAAUUGUAUGGCUGAGCUUCCACACAUGAGAAGGGUGAGAAGUAGAAAGCAUGUGAUGGAGUUUCUACGAGUAGCUAAAGAUUUGCUAUCUAAUUCAGCAAACUGCAAGAGCAGUUACAGGGGCAUUAUAAUCUUAGGUGAUGGAGAUCCUUGUGAGAAACUGAGCAAUUGCUCAAGUUUCAGUCCUUUCUUUAAUGGUUGUCUGGAACAUUACCAAGCCCUGUUAGAAUCAAUGGAAUCGAGUUUCCCGAUCCGUCUUGCAGAAGCAAGAAUGGCCAUGGAGUGUCUGUUUAUCUGGCCUUACAUCUCAUCUCAGGCUUGGUACCAGAAGUGGAAGGAGAUUAAAGAAGGUUUCCAUCUUCAGGCAGGGUUUGGAUUGGAGGGUUGGAGGCUGAGCAAAGAGAGUUUGAUGGAAGCCAAAGAAAUGUUGAGAGAAGAGACUUCUUACAGAGUAAAGAUUGAAGGACAGAAUGGAAAUGAAAUGAGCUUGGAAUGGGGGGAUAUACCUCUGGUUAGAGUUUCAACCUGGAUAAAUUAAAGCUGAAGAAAUACUUUUUGGUUUUCCUAUCUGUUUUCAUUCCAGUGCAUGUAUUGUGUGACCUGACGUACUAUUAAUUUGUUGCUGUAUGUAUAGAUUGAUUGUAUUAUUGUUGUAGUAUAAAUAGCAAAUGCCAAAUUGGCAAAAUUAUUCUA